AUGAAUUCCUUCGCGGACAGCCCAUUAUUCUUUUUUAUGGAUAACAUGUCACCUAUAAUUUCUGGUAAAGCUUCCAAAGAUAUACGAAAAAUUGUUGAAUUAUCGGAUACAGGUUGUGAUGCCAGAUUACCAGUAUCUAAAAUUGCACGACACAUUAAUCGAUCUCAUUCUCCAAAAUUGACCAAGAUAAAACAGCACGGAAAUUGGGAAUCGUAUUGCCCAGAAAAAAUCGAAAAUAAAUCUUACGGAGAAAGAUUUCGCGUACAAAAUGAAUCUGACGCAAUGGAUACUGAAGAAUGUUUCUUUAUUCUUAAAGAAGAUGGAACUAAUCAGUACUACUGGCAAAAUCACUCUCCACAUGAAGAUUUUACUGCAAACGUAGAAUUCAAGAGAAGUCCAGGGUCCAAAGACUUCAGAACCAAAUUAAGAGCAUCACCCGAUAGAUUAAGAUCAAAUUCCUGUGAACCAGAUGACUCUUACGGAAUCUCAAAUACCUUUCACAAUAAUCCUAACAUAACUCAUGAAAAUAUUCUAAACGAUAUAAAAAAAAACAAUCCUUCUCAAUCUUAUCCAACGAGACCAAAAAGUGCUGGAGCUAAAUUAAAAUUCGCUCGUUCCAAUUAUCCUAACAAUAGAUUAGAUGCUAACCUUAUUGAUCAACCUAUUAUCGAUAGAGGAAUGGUCUCUGUGAAACAAGAUUAUUCAGAAGACUUCAUAUCCAAAGAAAUCCCACGAAAUUCACCAAGAUACCAGAAAUUUCACUGGCAAAGACUAAAUAUGUCCUCUUACAACGACACUGAAGACCACAUCGACGAAAUAUCGCAUAGAAAUCACAGAUUUUCUAGGUACAGUUCAAGAAACGAAAAACCAGUCAGUUCAGCGAAUUCAAAUAAAAUAUCAAAAGACUGGAUUGAAUUGACUCCAGACAGAAUUCGAUCAAGAACAUGGUCAUCACCUAUAGAUCGACGAAAAAAAACACGAUGUUUUUCAAAAAAUGUCUGUGAAAACUUAAAUCAAAUUGGAAAUAAACAGGAUAAUAAAAUUUCAAAUGACGAAUAUUCUAGAUAUUCUAGGUUAAGAAACACGAAUUCUAAUCGUUCCAUAGACAAACCAAGACUAUUCGUGGAUCGUGCAGUGGAUAAAGACAGUUUAUCUGAUUUACGAAAUGUUUGUACAUCCACUGAACAUCUUUCUAGCUCGACUAUUUUUGACACGUUGUCGAAUCAGGUUGAAAAGAGUAAUAUUAAAAGUAGCUUCUGGGACUUUAUUCCAUUGGACGAUAAAAAUGAUGGAAAAUGCAAGGAAGUUUCUGAAAAUAAAAAAAUUGGUUAUCCAUAUCAACAACACGUUCCUUUAGACAGUAAUACUUAUCCAAUUCUGAAACAUUCAGCGAAGAAUAAUGACGGUUCAAAAUGGAAAAAUAAAUUUCCGCAAAAUGAUUCUGUGAAUAAUCUGUCGCCAUUAAUAAAACGUCAAAAUGCAUCAGAAACUACUGAUGAUAAAAGAAGCUUCUUUGUUUCUCCUUCCCAUAAUGAACGAUUUAACAAACCUUCAGCAAACAACAAAAAAGUAAAAGAAGAAUUAAAUCCUAACUGUGAGAAAAGUCGAAAAAUUACGAUUCCAAAUAUUCAUAAGAGUCAGAGUAAAAUUGGAAAUAAACAUACUUUUGGAUGGACAAACAAAGCAAAUAAGUAUUUGAAGAGACCAGGUAGCGUUUUGAAGAAUGAAAAUAAUAACAAGAAGAAAAUAGUGAAUGCUAGCGACAUCUCCAACGUUACCAACGAUCAGAAAGUUAGAACAAAUAUUAUAGAGAGAACAGCGGCAUGUUUGAAACGAAAAUUAGAUAAAUCGAAGAUUAAGGAAUAUUCGACGAGCAAUCAGCUCUCACCAAUAGUGGUAGAGAAGAAAAUUUGUUCCGAAGUUUCAGCUUGCUCCAAAUUACCGAUAAGAAUAGGAAAUCGUCGAAGAUCGAGAAAUCCAAUGACGAGGGAUCAAUUUGAUUUCAAGUUUGUUUCUAAAGAAGAAAACAAAGAGAUAGAGAUGAAAGAAUUGAAAGAAGAUUCGUGUAGGUUAAGUUCUGUAAGAUCUCGAACGAAACCGAAAAUAAAACCAAGUGUGAGGUUAGAUGAAGCGAUUGACUUUAUCGACACGGUGAAAAAUUUCCAAUCGAUGGAAAGUGGAGGAUCUAAUUUAGAAAAUAAAAAUAAGGUUAAGAAUUGUUUGGUAGAUAAUUUAAAAGCGAAAUCGAUUUUAAUAGAAGAUCGCGUUGAUAAUAAUUCAGUUGGUAACGUAGAUACGAAGGAAAAUUCGUCGACUUUGAUAGAUUCUUCCAAAAAUGCGAAUCUGGAAAUUAAUAACAUCGUAGGUAGAAAUAAUGAAGAAAUGAAAAUUUUGAACGUGGAAGAAGAUCAACGAAAGAGAACUGUCACGAACCGUGGACGAGAAAUGAAUCGUAAGAAUGGUUUGACGAAGGAAAUGGUUGAUGGUAUUGCGAGAAAUGGUCUUAAAGAGAAAUGUUGUUUUCGUUUGAAUGACGAGGAGGGUAUUGCAUGUAAUGAUUAUUAUAACAAGGAACAUAGGAAUUUGGACUUUUUUCGAUCGCGGAAGCCUACAGCAAUCAAAUCGCAGUUCUGA